GUGAGCAGGGCCACCGCCCCCUCCGCCCCUCCUCCCCGGUACCCUCCGUGGGUCGGGCGGACGGUGGCUGGCGGCCUCUUCGUCCCAGGCCAGGUCCGGCUCCAUCUUGGGCCGCUGAACCGGCACCUGUGGCGGCCGCAGGAGAAGCGCUUCCGCCGGCCAGCGCGGCCCGGGGCGGGCGAGAGGGCAGCCAUGACCACCAGCCACCCUGAGCCGGGUGCCCGGGCACCCCUGAGCCCCCGCCCACAGUCCCUGUCCCGGAGCUCUUCCAGCCUGCUGGGUGAAGGCCAGGGACAGAGGGCAGAGCUCCGAAAGAGUGCCAGCAGCACUGUAUGGCAGGCCCAGCCGGGUGAGGCCAUCACCAGUCCCCAGGUCCCAGAGGAAGAGGGGCCCCAGGCUGAGCGCACGGAGCAGACACGGGCCUCCAGCCCCCAGCCACGGCCCAGUACUGUGGGCCACUGGCGGAGCAGCACUGUGGGCAAUGUGUCUACCGUGGGUGGUGGUGACCUGUGUUGCCUACGAACCCCCAGUGCCACUGCUGUACAGAGGAGCCACUCAGACCUGGUUCAUAGCACCCAGACCCGGGGCCACAGUGGUGCUCGGAAGGCCAGCCUCAGCUGUUCAGCUCUUGGCAGUUCACCAGUCCACAGGGCUCAGCUGCAGCCCAGCAGUACUUCUGGCCACGGAUGUCAGACCCCUGCAGGUCUGGAAAGGGACCUGGCUCUGGAGGAUGCAACUUCGAGCUCAGCCUGGACACUAGGAGAGAGUCAGGUGGCACCACUAGACCUGGUCAGCACAACCAUCCACAGCAGCAGUCCCAAGGCUGCGCCCAAAGCCACUGGGCAGUCGGCUACCACCUCCUGCCAUGCUCUGCCCCCAGCAGCUCUACUCUGCAGCGUGGGGGAGGCGGGGACAGGUGGCUACUGCCAUGCCCUGCCUGCCCCAGGGAUCCUGGCCUUUCCCAAACUGGUGGCAUCAGUGAGUGAGUCUGGGCUACAGGCUCAGCAUGGGAUGAAGUUCCAGUGUAGGUUGCCUGGAGCACUUCCUGGGCAUUCCCACUGCUGUGUCCACCCUUGGGGUCCCACUGGGUUAGCUAUGGAGACUGGUGCCAGGACCAAGGACGUGUGCACCAUGACCUCAGCCAGUGACUUGGGCCCUGUGUUGGCAUCCUCUCUAUCAGCCCAGGAUGCUGGUGUGCAGGUGGCCCCCAUGGCAGUGUGCAAGGCUGUGGCCACCAGCCCACCCCUGGAAGCCCCUAUAGCCCUGCACACAUUCCCAGAAGUAACUCUGGAGUCCAGCCUGGAGGAGGAGUUGUCCCCUGUGCGGGAUGUUCGAUGGGAUGCUGAAGGCAUGACAUGGGAGGUGUAUGGAGCUGCUGUGGACCCUGAGGUGCUCGGCGUGGCCAUCCAGAAGCACCUGGAGAUGCAGUUUGAGCAGCUGCAGCAAGCGCCUGCCAGCGAGGACAGCCUGUCUGCCGAGGGCCGGAGGGGGCCGCUUCGAGCUGUCAUGCAGUCUCUGCGGCGCCCCAGCUGCUGUGGCUGCGCCAGCACAGCCCCCGAGUGAGGAGCUGCAGCCUAAAGAACUGUCCUGGGCCCAUGGACUCAGCCCCAGGCCAGGGCCAGGGACGGUGGGAACCACAUCCUCCUCGAACCCACUGGCAGCCAUGGACACGUCUCUCUUAUCAGCUGCCGGCAGACCACAGGACUGCAGCCUGGGACUUCUUGCUACUUGCAGCUGUGCUGGUUUUUAAGGGCUUGAUUUCCAAGAGCCACAUCUCUACACAUCCAGGCUCUGAACGUUGGGACAGAGUUUCAGCACUGUGCAUGAGGGAAAUCCUGAAUUUUCUGUGAAAAUACUCGCCUUCUGUUCAGUCUCUUUUCAGAACUCUGCUAUGAUUUCCCCUAGGACUCUUGGUGGCUUUAUUUUAAAGCAGUGCUGAGAUAUACUGAAUCCUUGACAUGAAGUGUGGGGCCCCAAGUGACGGGGAUUGGCUGGGUGUUUAGAGAAGGGAACUGACGCUGUCAGAGGCCGCCUGUGUGCCACACACUGUGCCUGUCACCUGUCCUUGCUGAGCGUUCACCUCUUCACCCCGUUUUACAGGCGAAACCACAGACAUUUGGCAUGGCUGUGGCCGACAUGCCCAGGUUGGGCAGCUUGAAGUGGUGGGCUCAGAUUCAAAGCAGGGAUGGCUGAAGGCCGGGGCGUUCUCCUGCAGCACAUGGCCAGUCAGUGCAGGGUGGCCGUGAACAAGAAGAAUUUAUUGAGCCCACAUUCUGUGCCAGGUUCUGUGGAUCCCUUGGGGAGUGAGACAGAGGCUGCCUGUGUCCUCGCUGAGCUCACAGUGUAGAAGGGGUACACCUCAGUACCGGGGUGCUGAGCAUUUCAGAAGGGCCACAGUGUGCUUCUAAGUGUCACCUCCCUUGUAGGCCACUGUGUCAAGGGGCUGGCCUCAGGAAGGGGAGAACAGGUGGCCACCUGUCCCCAAAUACGUCACAGUGCCUGAAAUUGCACCAUUAUCACCUCAUUCCUUUGGUUUAAGGAUUUAUUUUCAGCUGGUGCAGUUCUUCAAAGGAGGGAGGGCAGGAAUGGACGGCAAAAGGGAAGGAGCCUGGGGCGGGGUCUCCCACCUGGUGGGAAGUGGCGGAAGCUGAGAAGCUGUGGGCUUCAGGGAGGCCUGUGGGCCUAUUUGUCUGGUCCUGCCCAUGUGACCUGACAUGGACCAAGGAUCAUGAGGGCCAGUGGAUCUUAGGGGUUGGGGAUCCCAGGACACCAGGGCUUGGCACAGCCUGACUUCCUUGCCCAAGGAUCUCUCAAGGCCUGUGGAGGACGGGAGGGGACUUCUGUCCUCGUGUUGGAGCUUAGUGUUGAAAAUCCAAGUUCCUAGGACAAAACCCACCUGCCCACCCUUGUGAGAGCCAGAAGGUUAGUGUCCUGCCCAAGGUCACCCCACAGGGGAGGGUGGAGUGAGGGCUAUCAUGCAUACCUGCCCAUAAUCUGGCCCUAUCCCUGGGCCCCCCUUCUGUACCUGGGAACCCAGGACCUGACAGCUGGCUUACUUUUUCUCACCCCCAGGGACCUGGAACUCACUGAGGUGGAAGUGACUCAGGCAACAACGGGUUAAUUUUUAAAGCAGGAGUGACCUGCUAACAGGCCAGAGGAGCAAGGUGAGAAAGGCAUGCUUCAGGUCAGAAUGCCUACCAAGGUCUCUAAUGGGCCUUCUUACCCAGAACCAUGCCUUUCCCAGUCCUAGCUGGGCCUGGUAAAAUGCCACCCCUGCUUAAAAAUGAGAGCAAAUCAGAACCACUUCUGCCAGUGGGGCGGGGGCAGAAGGGGUGGGUGUGAUGGGCUGGAGGAGACUUGACCUUGCCUCCCUUUUAAAAUGUCACCAAGCAGGUUUUCAAGCAGUCAUGAGGCUCUGUCCAACCCCGGAUGGGCCUGCCUGUCGCUCUGUGUGUGGUACAGGGCAGGCACAUCACUCUCUGGGCGGUGAGACAUGGGCACUGGGCUGUCCUCAUGCUUGACCCUGCACAGGGGCUCUGGGAGCCCCAGCCCAGUGGGGCCAGAUUAGAGAGAUCAAAUGGCUGUGGGGACGUGAGGGCAGAGGUGAUGAACUGGAGUGGGGAGGGCACCUUCCCACAGGGCCAUAGCUGAGCAGGGUCUUGAGGACAUGGCGGGGCAGAGGGAGAGGGGUGUACUAGGCAGAGAGAGAACAGCCUGGUCAGAGGCUUGGAGCUGCCUGGCCUGCUUGGGCUGUUCUGAGUCACUACAAUGUAGGCUGUGUUGGGGUGGUCAUUGGGUUGGGAGGCUGGCAAGGGGGUCCCCAUUGUGAGGAUCCUGGUGUGAGUGAGGGAAAGGACUUAAGGGAGCUAUGGAGGGGAUGGUAGGGUCAGACUUCAUUUUAGAAAUAGCCCUUUGGCUGCCAUUGGAGAGGAGAUUAGUGCGGAAGGCAAAGCCUAGGGGGAUGGGGCCUGUUAGGAGGACGCACACACGAUGCGCAGUGGAUUUGGGAAGGAGGGGGAAUUUCAGGUGGCUGAGGUUUCCAAUUUGAGCAAGAGGUGAGGCCACCACCUGGGACAAGGGGAGGCAGUUGGGAGGUUCAGGAGGGGCAAGUGAAGGGCCACAUGCUGUGGGGUUUGGAUGGGACCAGCAAAACCCUUCAUGCGGAGACUUUCUCCUGUGUCAUAUGCAGAUUCUCAUGAGUUCACUCUCUUGCUGAUGUGUGCCAAUCUGUGCCACCUCCAGGCUGCACCUGGCAUGCCCAGAUGACAGGCUGGGCUGGGCUCUGAAUGGGAAUGGGAUAGCUGAAGCUACCCACCCCCUCAUCUUGACCAAGAUAAAUAUUUGCAGAGUGGUGCUGAAAUCCAGCCUGGCUGGGGCCCCCAGAACACCCUUUUGGUUAUGCUCACUGCCCUGAGACAACAGGAACCUAGCCCUUAACCUCACUAGUCAGGAUGCACAGCCUCAGCUGGCAGUCUACCUAGAGUGACAGCAGCUUAGUUUCUGAACUUGCCCUGGAGACAGAAACCUCCACCCCCUCUCACCUUGCUGUGGCCCCUCCCUGCCCAGGCCUGACUGGCAGUUGUUCAGGGUCUCAGGACAUGACCACCAGCUUAGUUUACAGGUCUCCUCUCAGACUCCAGAUUUAGGACCAGACUUUCUGGGUCCCCUUUAGGCCCUGCUCUGGGAGGUGGUGGAUUUCAUUAUUUGUAUGUUUUGUUUUGUUUUGGAUUUGAAAUAAAGUAUUGGAGGUCAGAGCUUUGCCAGGGAAGGGUCAUUUGUCCUGACUGGUCUUGUUUUUUUUUUUUUUCUGGUGGAUUCUGUGCUUUGGAAAAUUCAUCCCAGAUUACUAGAGCUCCCUGCCCAGGCAGGAAUCCCCCUCCCUUCUGCCCAUGGCCCUCCUGCCUGGCAGCCUUCCAGAUGCCAACAGCUGGAUCCUGGCUUCCUGGAGCGUGUCCCUCCAGGCCUGGCCAGGACAUGGUAUGCAUCUCUUGUCCAAGCCCCAGGCUGCCAUCCCCCUUGCAGGGAACCACUAGUCUACCUGGGGGAGCUGUUCCUGCCAGAAGGUAGGAUACUGCUGCCCGAGGACACAGUGCGAGGGGGGAGGGUGGAAAAGCAGAGAAUGGCCCUGUCCCACUGUGACAUCACCUUCUGUGUCCGUUUGAUUGGGUGUCUGUUCCCUAGAAGUGCUGGAUUCUUAUGUCAUAGGGGCCAACAGACAUGCCUUCCCAGUGCGGAUCCUGGCACUUAGGACAUGAGGGUGGGGUGCACUGUAGCUUAGUGGUUUAAAACUUGAAUUUGAAUCCUGGAUCUCACCUAAAGUUGUUGAGAUCAUGGGCAAGUUACUAACUUUGUGUAUCCUCAACUUCCUCAUCUGAAAAUGGAUAUGAUAAAGGUGUCUCCUCAGGCUUGCUGUGAAGAUUAAAUGCAAUAACCCACGUAAAGUGCUUGGCACUGAGGUAACCCUCCGCACAUGUGCUUGUGGUAUUGGGGGUCACUUCUGUAGCCGCAGGCAGGGGCUAAUUCUCGCCCACAUCCUGUCUCUGACCAUUCCUCAUUCAGAGCCUUUUUCCAAGUCCUCCGCCCUCCACUUUGCACCUUGUUUGGGACACGAGUGCUCCGGCCCGUGGCCCUCAGAGACUGUAGUUCCCAGCUGCACCGGUCUGGGGCUGGGCUCCCUGGAAGUUGUGCUGGGAUGAGGAUUCUGGAUUUAUUAAGGAAGGGGGAAUGAGGAGCACAAGGUACAGAAGGGACAGAAACCAAGCCAAGGGUGUGAUUUCAGGUAGACUCCUGGCCUCACCCCGGUCCCACGGGGGACCCCUGGGGGACAGGUUCUACUUCAGGGUAUGGGCUGGGGGUGGAGUAAACUCCAGGCACUUCUGGCUCUGGCAUGCAGGCUAGGAAACUCCAGGAGCCCUGGUGCAGGUCUCACAUGGGGUUGUAGGGCUUAUCCCAGGGGAGGGGUACAUAUAAAUCGUGGGUGUCUGAGGGUUCUGGGAGCACAUUGGCUGAUGGUUGUAUUCAUGUCCUGAGCAGCUCCUCACCCAGUAGACUUGUGUGGAGCCUGAGACCCACAGAAUGCCCAGACCUUCUCUCUCUGAGUUGCUUUGAAGCAGUUCUGUCUCAUUUGUGUUCAUGCCAAGAGACCCUGGUUCCUGAAAUGCAGAGCUUUGCAUGUGCCCAUGUAAACUCUUUUCUCAGUCAUCAUUUUGGCCUGGCCCAGUUUUGUCAUCUGAAGCUAUGACUAGUCCUUUAUCAGUUUCCAUCCAACUUGUUAGGCAGCUCAGGGCCAGACAGAACCUGGGGUCUGUCACUGGGUUGUCCUGAGGUCAGCACUGGUCCCCACAUCCCUAUGAAUCCACACAGUCAUCAUGGGCAAAUUAAUUUCAGACAAAUUUGUUAAAAUCCAGAUCUUCAACCUCAGUAGCACUCUCUCACCCUAACUGCAGCCCAAGGCCUCUCCCCUCCAAACAAGGAAGGAGGGGAGCAGGGCCCGGUUUCCGUCCUGGUUCUCGGCAGGGCUGGUUCUGGUGUUCACGGCUUCCCUUCCUAAGAGCUUAGCUACUUCUGGUCAACAAGCUGUUCAAGAAGUUUGAGAUCAACAGCACGCUAAGAUUUACAGACUCUAUCUUCUUACCCUUGUGGAGACUGGGAGCUGCCCCACCCCUGCCCUUGGCACCUCCUCCUCUUUGGCACCCUGGGGCUUACCUCACGUUUUCUGGAGGUGAUUUGAGGGGGAGGGGCACGAUGCUCAUCACAGCCAGUCUCUAGCACCUUCCUCAUGGAGACUUUCCCCCCGGGUAGCUCACCCUUAUGAUGGGGGUCUUUCCGAAGCUGGCUGGAGGUCUCCCUGAAAGGUUUUCCUCUGUGGCAGAACCUGGGGCUGGUUCUGUUGCUGUGCUUAUAGAGAGAAAAUAAGCCAGGAAAAACAUCUGGAAAAGUCGACAUUUAUUUAAGAAAACCAAAUCAAACUAAAGUUGCAUUGGCCUAUAUAGGACUGAGGAUGGACAGGUGGAGUCUGACUUUUGCUACAUCUCAUUUGUGUUUGUGCUAAGGGACCCUGGUUCCUGAAAUGCAGAAAACACCAGUGGCCUUUUCUCACUUUCUCAGUGACUCUCCAGGACUCAUGCCUCAUUUCUCCUCCUCCAAGCCCAAGAUGGCUCAGCAAGGAGGCAGGUCUGGACCCUGAAACAGCUCCCAAAUGGGUUUCUUAAAAUCCGUUUUCCAUGGCACCACUUUAAAGGAAAGAAUGUGGAAAUUGUAAGAAUAUGGAGCUCAGGGUUGGUGAGUGUCCAGUAUUAAGGUGUUACGGCUUUUAGCCAUGUACUCCUCACCCAGUCUGUCCUGGUCUGGAACUUUUCAUUCCCCGACUUCUUUCCUGAGAAUAGACAUAGGGUGCUUUCUUAGCCUCCUGUGAACACGGCCGCAGGAGUGCAGUGCCUCCAUGGAUGUGCAGCCAGGGACAAGUGGGGAGGCUCUGCUGGUCCUGUACCCACUUCCCGUGGUGCUCUUUCGCCCCCACCCCCUAUUUCUCCUGAAUCUCACUUUCCCCCAUUUUCUCCUUUCCUGUCUCAUGUCCUCUUUGCCCCCCAGGAAACUUGUGUCUCCCCACCGUCCCCCUAUCCUUGCCCUGCGUCCUUCCCCUUAUGCAAAGGGUCUGCCUUGCCGUAUCCCUCGGCUCCAAUAGCACUCUCUCUUUCUUUGGUCUGUGCCAUAUCUCCCCCGCCACCACUGGGCCUGGCUCUCUGCAUUCCUACUUUUCAUAAAGCUAGACACUUCUUCCCCAUCUGUUCUUUCUUGCUUUGGAUGAAAACAAAAACAUUUGAACUUGAGACAGUUUUUGAGCAUCUUCCUAGAAGAGAGCCCUCACUGGGCACCCUGGGGUUGCUUUGUCAGGCUUCUAUCACUUUUGCCCCAAAAGAGAAAAUGGUUAUCAGUGGUCCUGCUGGGUGAGUUGGAGAGAUUUUGGUCUGGCUGGAAGGGCAUCCCAUCAGUCCUCAGUUUUGGUGGCCUUAUUGGGGCCUGGCUGGCUAGGUCACUUGAGGGGUACCAGGUGGGUGUUGCCCAUCUUCUGGCUUUAGGUGGGCCAUCUCGUCUUCAAGUUUUCAGAAUCUUCUUGCUUGGCUUGUAAAUUAGGUUGGGGCCAUGCCUGGGCCUCAGUGGGGACGCACUGUGCUGUCCCAUCUCUGUGCCUCUCUCCUGUGUGGGACUGGGCUUGUGUCUAGGAGCCAGGGCUGGGGUUAGGGGGAGAAGACUUUUGUCUUUGUGCAAAGUGGACACCUGAGAAGGUGUCCACUGAGAAGGCCUGAACAAGGCCCAAAUAGGGAGAACUUGUUGGGGCGGGAAUUUCCAUGGCUCACCAAGGAACUUAACUUGGGGUGCUGGAGCCCAGCUGGGGAGGAGUGGAAUUGCCCCCUCACCCCAGGCUCUCUUGGCCCCUCACCUUUAACCAUCUGUGUUGCCCUUCCUCUGGUCACUUCUCAUUUUAAGCAGUCAAGGGUUUGGGAAGGUGGUGACUAAGGGGCCAUUUUGUAUGCAAGCUUUGUGGCUUUUAUCAGCCCAGCCUUUGUCUCUGGAGGAAGACUCUGGUUUGAUUAUCUUUCCCUUCAGAGUUGGGGGAAUUUAAUGAGAGGGAAAAGGGCUUCAUGCAAAGAUUCCAACUCUAGAACUCUCCCAGAUGCAAUCCCUUGUUGCAUCCCCUUGGGCAUGACCCACAGGGCUGAGGAAGAGCAGUAGGACCAAUAGGACUGUGGUCCCAAGAGGGCUGGGACCAGAGCGGGGCACUACUGGAGGCGCCAGGAACGUUGUCUGAGUCUUGCUGAAGGCAGGACAAUCGGGUGGGAAGUUGGAUCCUGCCUUUAUUUUCAUUUUUAAUACUUUAUCAUUUAUUUUUUGCAUUAAUUUUGAUUUAAAAUUAUUGCAUGACAAUGUUUAUCUUGAUCACCGAGUUUUUUUGCCUGCCCCCUAACUUUUGCACCCAGUCCCAGCCUGGUCUCCUCCUUUUCCCCAGAGCCUUGGAUCCCCUUAGUCCCCUGUGGUUACGGCUGGGAGCAAAGAGGCCUCUUUCGCGUCUCCCUCCCCACGUCCUCACCACUGACGAGUGCUGCGCAGCGCUGGGGAGGAGAGGACGCUAGGUACUGGUGGGGAGAGCUGGCUUCGGCCUCGGUCCCAGGUGGCCGGGUGGGGUCCAGUCCAGGGCACCCCCCACGAGCAGGAGCAGGGCAACCCGCACGGUGGCCCGCGGGAGGAGCCCAGACGCCCUCUAAUGGCCGCGGCGCCGUCAACCUAGCUGGGAGCGCAGGCUAGGGGCCACCAAUCCUGUCCUGGCCAGGAGGGGCCUCGAGCUAACUCCCGUGGGUCUGGUCUUGGGGUGGAGGGUGGGGUGAGGCGCUGCCUUCCGACGCGGGGCAGGGUAGGGGAACGACAGUCCCUGCCAGGUCAUGUUCCUUCGCCUUCCCUUCCCCCUCCGCCCUUCUUCCGGACACUCCCAGCCAACCAGGUCUGCUGGAUUCCGCAGAGGAGGACAGAGAUAGAGAAGGUGGAGGAGGUGGAGCACAGACAGGUGACAGCGGUGGCCUUUGGGGAGAAGACAGCCUCACUUUACUUAGACCUUUGAUUCCGGAUGUGACUUACACACCCUGAGGGGGCUGGAUGUAGGGCCGUCAGUUGUUCCACCCUAAACUUCAUGUGUUUUUGUACCCCUUCUUUGGCUUGCCUUUGUCUUUAAAUUUACCUAAAGCCUCUAAACUGCGGGGGUGGUCCCACCCCCAAGAGGGUUUUCUUUCUGGGCCAUGGGGAGAGCAGGUGUGGACAGCCAGGAUUGGGCUUCCCCUUACAGGGGACUGACCCUGUCUGGCAGAACACACCACAGAGAGGAAUGUGGGAUGCAGUGGGCUGAGGAGGAGGUCUGAACUAGAGCUGACUGUCACAGAGGAACUGAGGCCUAAAGUUCAAUGUGGUGGGGCUUACUCUUUCCCCCUGUCAUUCCUUACCUGGCAUGGUCUCCGCCAGCUUCAUCUGGUGCCUAAGGCCAGCAGGGAUGAUGGCAGCCAAGAGAGAGAUUAGAGGGAGAGCCUACUCCUGACAGCAGGUCAGGCAGGAGUACUGGGGAGGGCCUCAUGAUGGCAGAGUGGCAAUGCGGUGGGUGUAUAUGGAACUGGAAGAGUGGAGCCUGCACAGGAGUGGGCUUCUCUUCUUCAGUGGGGGAGAGGGAGUGGCUGUGUUCAGGACAAACACUCCUCUCUCAUUCCAUGCCCACAAGGCCUCUGUGAGGUGGGAUUUCCCUUAGGACAUUUUUGGCUGCAAGUAACUGCAUUAUAACCAAAAGUUUUCUACACAGAACACUUAAUUUCCCACUUAAUUCUUAAUUUCACUUAAGAAUUUAGGAGGUCACUGUUUUAGAGUAGGCUCAUUGGCUCAGUGGUUCAGUGAAGACAUCAAGGAUUCAGAUUCUUUCUGAAUCUGCCAUCUUUAGGGCAUCCUCAUGGUCACAAGAUGGCUCCUGCACCUCCAGACAUCACAUUUUCAUAAUAAGGAAGAAAUGUACAACCUGCCACAAGAGGCUAUUGUAACACACAAUUAAUUAAUUGUAAAACAUUGGCUUUUCAUAGUCAUUGAAUGAAGGCAAUGAUAAUAUGGCUGCCACAUUCUGACACUAAACAAAUGGCAGAAGCAGUGAUGAUGUUUUCCAUACAUUAUCUUCUUAUCUUGUUAUCUUUCUUUCUUUC